UAUUUCACACUUGGAUUUUAAGCUUUUGGUUGCUGUUUUGUUUUGUUUUUUUUAUCCAAUUUGAUCUUCAUCCAUCUGCAGAUAUGACAAUCAGAACAGCCCGUCCAAACCGGGGCCAACAUUUCCGGCCCCGCGUACACUGCUUCAAAAAGCUGGAGGCCAUUGUGGUUGAGAUGCAGGACCCAAACACUGGGGUCAAGGGCUCAGAGCAGAAACUCAAUGUCACUACCAUCCCACAUGUCGUCACUGGUAAGGACAUCAUUGCAUGGAUUACCAACAAGAUGAAGAACACUACAGAAGAGGCUGAGGUCUUUGGCACCAUGUUAGUGGCCUAUGGCUACAUCUAUCCCCUUCAGAACCACAAGAAGCUGGUCAUGUGCAAUGACACCAGCCUCUACCGCUUCCAGACCCCAUACUUCUGGCCUACUCAGAAAUGGGUUGCAGAGGACUGUGACUAUGCCAUUUACCUGGCAAAAAGAAACAUCCGCAAGAAAGGCAUGCUGGAACCCUAUGAACAGGCACAUUACAACCACCUCCAUGAAUGGCUGAACCACAAGUGGGACUUUAUUGUGAUGCAGGCCACUGAGCAGUACAAGGCUGGUAAGGAGAGAAAGAAGCCGGAUCGUGUGGUGUUUGAUUGCCAGGAGAGGGCUUACUGGAUAGUGAACAGGCCACCGCGUCGUACUCACAGUGCUUUGGACUGUGGUCCAGAGCGUCUCAUUGAUCCCAAUGCAGAUGAGAAAAUCACCUUUGACAUGUACAGACGCAUGAACAUCUUCUAUCAACAAGCUAUCAUGAGGUCAAAGGUCAAAUCUAGUGUGUCCCUCGGAGCACUGGCCAAGUACAUCACAACCUACAAAAACCACGACCCGUUCCUGGCUCCCUGUCUACCCAGCAACCCCUGGCAAACGGACAAUGAUACAUACUGGACUCUCAACAUGAGACGAGUCGAGGUUCCCACGAAGAUGCGAGUCGAGCGCUGGUCCUUCAGCUUGUUCGAGCUGCUGAGCGACCUACGAGGCCGAGACGAUUUUAAGGUUUUCCUCAAGAAGGAGUUCAGCGGGGAGAACUUGGCUUUUUGGGAAGCAGCUGAAGAACUGAAGUGGGGAACUGCAUCUUCCAUGUCAUCAAAAGCUGAGUCCAUUUUCAAGACCUUCCUGGCCCCUGGUGCCCCCCGCUGGAUCAACAUUGAUGGCAGGACAAUGGGUCUGACAGUGAAAGGGCUUGAGCAUCCUCACCGCUACGUGCUGGAAGCAGCUCAGACACACGUCUUCCUGCUCAUGAAAAAGGAUACUUUCUUCCGUUACCUCAAGUCACCAGUAUACAAAGACAUCCAGAAGAAGGCACUGAACCCUGAGGCUCAUAACUUCAGUCCAGCCCAACUGGAGCAAAAUGCCAGUAACCGAGGCCUAGGCAUCCAUCCCAUCAUCCUCUGGCAGCAGGAGGAGCAGGAAAAGGCCAAGAUAGCUGCUGCCUCUGUUCCUGUCGAUGUCAAGGCUAUGAUGAGCAAAAUAGACAGGAAUAAGUAAAGACAUAUAAUAUGUGUGUGUAUGGGGUUCCACAUGUCAUGUCACACGCAAAGUACGAACACAGGAACCAGCCCUGUUAGAGUGUAUACACUGUACAGAGGAAUUCACUUUGCUCUUCAGGGUUAUGCCAAUGACUGUUGUUCUGUUUUAGCUAAUUAACAAAUGUGAGAAAUCCAGUUUUCAUUAUGGAACGAUUACUAAACAGGCCUACAACACACAGGCCCAGGGCUCUCCUCACAGUGUUUGAAAUGACUGUUUACAUUUCUUGUUGAAAAAGUCAAUCAAAUGACAACUAAAAGGAUGCAGAACGACCACAAAAAAGAAGUCAGAACUACAAAGAGACAUAAAACGAUCACAAAGGAAGAAACAA